CCAUAAGCAACUCUGCCAUCAACGUUACAGUGACGGCUGGCAUCGCCAUUUCAGGCCUCUAUCCAGCUUUCAAAUCCCCUGUCAUUUUUUUAAACUUCUUUUCCUUUCCCACCACGGACCUCACCAUCGAAAAACCAUGCCUUCCUAGCUUAAAUUACCAAAAUACACCCUCAGAUUUACUCUUCAUACAGCUUUGUUAAUGGUCAUUUUGGUCCCAUGAUGUAAAUCGAGUAUGAACUCAGAAUUCCAUUAGAGCCCACCAUUUCAUACUUCUAGCUACAAUUUUGUCAUGGUCGAAAAAUUUACAUAAAAAGUCUAUUAAUUUAUAACUUUCUCUGCAAAGCAGAUAAAUAACAUGGGAAUGAUUAUUUAUGGUAAAAUGUAGCAAUGAAUGAAGCUGUAUAUUCAAUUCACACACACUAUCACACUGCAUAAGUCACCAGCCAAUCAACAUGAUUAGCCAAGAAUUUGUUUUACCCGGAAAAAGAAAGAAAGAAAGAAAAGGAAAAAAAAAAAAAAAAGGAUUGAUUGUAACUAAAUGUUUUGGAUUUUUCAUUUCUAAUUAUAAAAGCAGAGACAACCCAUUUUCAGAUAGCUGUAUAUUGCGUGGUGGGUCUUGAGAGAAAAGGAAGGAAGAAGAUGGGGAGUUGCAGGGUCCUUAUAUUUACUUUGUCACUGUUGCUGCUUCUUUUUCCAGUAAUUCAUGGCUGGGGAGCUGAUGGGCAUCUAACUGUUUGUCGAAUUGCCCAGUCUCGGUUGAGCAAAGCAGCGGCAGAUGCUGUGAACAAACUGCUUCCAGAAUAUGCUGAAAAUGACUUGGGAAGUUUGUGUAUAUGGGCUGAUGAAGUCAGGUUUCGAUAUCAUUGGUCAUCUGCUCUUCACUUCAUUAACACUCCUGACCUUUGCACUUUUCAAUAUCAAAGGGACUGCAAGGAUGAAGAUGGUUUGAAAGGAAGGUGUGUUGCAGGUGCAAUUAACAAUUACACCACCCAGCUUCUCACCUACAGUACUGCUCAGGCCGAAUAUAACCUCACCGAAGCUCUUCUAUUCCUUUCUCAUUUUAUGGGAGACAUCCAUCAGCCUCUACAUGUGGGAUUUGCUACAGACAGGGGAGGAAAUGAUAUUGAUGUUCACUGGUAUACGAGGAAACAAAAUCUUCACCAUGUUUGGGAUAGGGACAUAAUUGAGACAGCAGAAGAGAGAUUCUAUGAUUCUAAUGUGGAGCAACUUGUUGAAGCAAUUCAAAAGAAUAUUACUACUGAAUGGGCAGAUCGAGUUAAAGGAUGGGAGACAUGCAACUCGAAUAAGAUUCCAUGCCCAGACACAUAUGCUUCUGAAAGUAUAAAAGCAGCUUGUAACUGGGCAUACAAGGAUGUUUCCCAAGAUUCUACGCUAGAAGAUGAUUAUUUCCUCUCUCGUUUACCAAUACUCAAUCUGCGGUUGGCUCAAGCUGGUGUUCGGUUAGCAGCUGCUCUCAACAGUAUAUUUGGCUGAAAGAUUAUGUUCUGCUUCAAUUAAAUGGGAUUGACAGCACAUGCCAGGAGAUUUAAACAUAUUGGAGUAAGCUAUAUAAUGUACUUAAGGCUCAAAAAAUCACUCUUUUAAUUUAAAUUACCAUAUAUUAAGCGCUAUUGUUUCAGACAAGUGAAAAGUAGCCUUAACCUAUAUUCUUAAUAAAAAAUGGAUUUCUUGUUA